AUGCCGAGGCGACAGUCUUUGGAGAAUUAUCAAAGGCAAAAAUUUGAGAUUGAAGUCCCGGAACGGAAAAGUUGUGAGUCAUUUGAUCCAAAGAGACGUGUAUUGGAAAAGAAAGGGCAUCAUCCUACGUGGAUGACACUGAAAGAAUCCAGUAUAAGAAAUGUUGAGUCUCUACUGAAGUUGACUCCCUGGAACUGGAAGCACGUGGACACAUCAGUCAAAGUGGAUACGCCAGUUUCUGUUGACAUUUCUCUUCUGUCCCACUAUAGACUCACUGGGAAACAUUUCAACAAGUACCAAAGACUUCGAAAGCAAAGAGAUUGUGCAUCGAUUUUAAAAUUCAUACCCAACACAAAAGGGAAAGAUGGCGUCUACAGUAUUUAUUCAGAUAUGAAGACAAAGAAGCUCGUGUACUUUGACAUGAGUACGGAUGGAGGGGGCUGGACGGUUAUUCAGAUGAGGAUUGAUUUUUAAAGAUCUUGGGAUUCGUACAAAGAAUGAUUUGGGAAUGUGGAGGGGGAUUUCUGGCUAGGGAAUGAGCCCAUUCAUUUACUCACUAAAAGGAAACGGCAUGAACUGAGAGUGGGCAUUCGGAAAUUUUCGGGUGAAAAGACUUUUGCAAAAUACUCAACGUUUUCUCUCGGACGCGAGUCCCAGAAAUUCAAGUUGACAGCCAGUGGGUACAGUGGUACCGCAGGGGAUAGUUUAGCAUAUCAUAAUGGGAGACCUUUCUCCACGAUGGAUGCUGACAACGACUCAUGGAAGAAUUGCGAUCAUAGUGAUCUGAACGGACAAUAUCUCAAAUCUACAGUCAAAACGGAUCGUUGUGUUAAUUGGGAGCAUUUUGGAAAAGAAGUUGUUUGCUUGAAGACUGCAAAAAUGAUGAUUAGGCCCAAAAGUUAA